UGGCUCUAAUGGAACGUAUCGAUGUGCUUAAGAAGGAGAAUGAAAAAUUGCACAGACGCCUUAUAGAAAGCAAUAAUCGAGCGGGCGGCAAUGAAGGCGAGGUCAGCCUACUCCGCAAUGAACUCCGACAAGCACGUAAACUGCUUCAAGCUAGCAAGAUCGAAAAGUUUGCAAUAGCUGAAGAAGGGGAAAAGGACUGCAAUAAGAAAGUAGCUGAAAUCUUAAAAUUCGAAACGCAAACAGCAAUGAAAGGAGUAUAUUUAAAAAUAACGAUGUAAUCGUCACCGAUGCUGACGAAUGUCGUAAUUU